GCGCCCAGAUUGACUAUCCACUUGACAGCACCAAUUGGGCAAAUGCACCAGCUGCUGCUCAAGGUUUGACCUCGAGCUUUGCUCAGGCAUCUGGAACUCGCACUAAUAUUCUCGGCUGUUCUAACUUUGGCUUCUCUCUUCGGGGUACAAUGGUCGGCAUUGAGGCAUCCUUUGAGUAUGUGGGUCGGCGAGGCGCCCAACUGGACGCAGGCUACACCGCAUCUCCGUAUGAGGCGUAUGCGCUCCAGUUCAAUCGGGGCAUCACCAUCAUCGGCGAUCCACUGCCGUCUACAACACAGCUCUCUAACGGAUGGCCAAACAACUGGCAGUCCUUUACAUACGGAUCGCCGUCCGAUACCGUCGGCGUCUCACUCUCCAACAACGACAUGCAGGCCAACAACUUUGGCUUCUACAUCAUCGUCUCGGACUCGAAUGGGGGUCAGGCUAUGAACAUUCGUAUCCGUAGAAUGUCCAUCACCAUCCACAUGCAAGAAACUAUCGAUUUCAACGCCAUCGGCCCAGCAUCUGGCUCUGCUGGAUCCACCAUCACUAUCACGGGUGCCGGGUACGACCAGCUUGACAUGAGCCAGGUCUAUUGUGUCCUCAUCGAGGACAGCAUCAACGUUCCUGCAACCCGAAACUCGGACACCUCCAUCUCCUGUACCAUGCCGCCGCGCUCGCCGUUCAUCAGCCCCACGGUAUCGCUCGGCAUUCUCCCGCAAUCAGGUGAGGCGAUUAUUGCCACAGGUGCCACCUUCACCUACCCGGCCAUCACCCCCAGCACCAUCACUGCCAUAGGCCCGAGCCAGCGGUUCUCGCGCUCAACCAACGCCGACUCGCAGACCAUCACGCUCACCGGAAGCUUCACCUCAGGCUCACAGGUCUUUGUCGCCCUCACCCCGUCCACCUCCUCGUGUGAUGCGCGAUUUGUCUCGUACAACAUCGCCGGCGCCAAGGAGUUUGUAAUGCGACUCGACGACCCGGCCAUUCCCAUGUACGGGGACUUUGCGCUUUGCCUCUCGGUGAGCGGUGAUGUCGACGGCAUGUACAUGAAGCAGUUCCUACCGGCGACGCGGAUCCACAUGGCGACGGCCGAGGCCAACUCGGUUGUCUUGAUGUGGCCGAGAGUGAUUGGGCAGACCGACUCGCCGAUGCUGCAGCUGCAGUUUGUGGGCAACCGCGACUACGGCCUGCCGUCCACCGAGCUGGGGCUUGGUACAACCGGCUGUCCAUUGGGAUCCAUCACCAACAAGGUGGGGUAUCCGAGCAAGAGCGGAUCUGUGCAGCUGCCUGUGGGCCCGGGCGGUGACCGGCUCGACCUGCGACUGUGCCUCAAGACGUACGGCGACCAGUGGGUUGAGCAGACAAACGUGGGGGUGGUGUCUGUGGUGGCUGGCGGGAUCAGCGGCGUGAGCCCGAGCGUGUGGGGCGGAGGCUCGAACCCGGCGAUCACAUUUGCGGACGCCAAGGCGACGGACAUCGGGACGGUGCACGGGUUUGUGGCUAGUGCAGCGGCAUGCACGCCGGGCAACAUUCUAGCGAGUGCGCCGCUCGGUGGCCCACUGACGAGCGCUCUGGAGCCGGUGACGAGCGGUGACGUGAUGUACAAGGUGUGCCAGUCGCAGAACAACGGUGGAUCAUGGCUCGACACCUCGCAGAUGGUGACCGUCACGUCACGCGUGGCCGGCACGCUCACGAGCGUCUCGCCCAACUACUUGGUGUCGGACGCAACGACGAGCGUGACGUUUGUGGGCGUGACGUCAACGCGGACGACGUACGUGCGAAUCUCGACGCAGGCGGCAAGCUGCAGCGACGCCAACAAGGUGGUUGAUGUUGCGGUGACGUCGUCGAACACGGCGAGCCUGCGACUGCGCAACACGCUGGUAUCUGCGCGGGAGCUGUAUGUGUGCCUGUCGACGUCGGGGCCGAGUGGGCCGUUUGUGCACCAGGGCACGUCGGCGUCGGUGGUGAUCAACGUCAUGUCCGUGACCAACUCGGUGCUGGUGAGUGGGGUAGGGCCGGCGGCGAUCGGCAACGGAGUGCCGACGGCAGUGUCAUACACGGGGCCGGGCUCUGCGGGGCAGUUCAGCGGAGCGCGGCUUGCGCUCGCUGUGCCUGGCGGAUGCAACUCUGGAGCGCUGCGGUACUUUGAAGAGGUGUACUCGGCCGGAUCGGCUAUGGUGACGGCGACGGUACCAUCGUGGGCCGGGACGAGCUUUGUGGAUCUGGCCCUGUGUUUCCAGUGGCAGGCCGGAACGCCGUUCAUCGAGCAGAGUGCGCGGGUGAGGGUGGCGAUGGCGUCUGCACUUGCGGUGACCGAGGUGGUGCCGUCUGCGGUGCUCGAGGGCAACGCAGUGUCGCUUCAGCUCGUGGGUGCCAUCGGGACACCGUCGACGCAGAUUGCGCUUGCUCCGGUCGGUGACUGUGGCGCUGGCAACGUCCUCGUGACGUCGUUUGGUGAGGGUGAUACUGGGAGCUCCAAGGUGCUUUCGGGUGGAUCGAUGCCCGCACUGGGAACCAACACCGCUGUUGUGUGCUACUCUGUGGACGGCGGUGGGUUGUGGACCGAGCAGACGCUCGGGCGACUGUCUGUGACGACGGACGCCAACGCCGGAACGGUUGCAAGCGUGUCGCCUGUUGCGAUCGGGGCCGGGCAGACGGAGACGCUCACGGUGGUUGGAGCACCGGGCGGCACAGGCCGGCUUGCGCUUGCGAGUCCGGGCAGCUGCCAGAGCGGGCCGCGGUAUGGCGGAGUGAUGGCGUACUCCGGGUCCACGCCGCCGCCGCCGCCAUCUCCGACACCGGUGUCGCUUGGGGCAGGAGUACCUGUUGGUGGGCGGUUUGUGGUGUGCUACUCAAACACGGCUGGGUAUGCCGAUGCCACCUGGUCAGAGCAGGUUGCUCCGCUGGCGUCGAUUGUGGUGGUCCAGGCAACGUCGACGAGCAUUGCGAGCGUGGGCGUGUCGACGUUUGGAGUGGGUGCGACGCCGAGCCUCGAGCUGACGAUGGGCGGGAGCGCGCCCGGGAUCGAGUGCGGGUCUUGCUACCUCGGGUUUGUGGCGAGUGGCAGCGGGUGCAGCAGUGGGCCGAUUGUGGGGCUCACGGCACUGGCGAUCGGGACGGGAGCGAAUCCGGUGCUCGGGACGGCGAUUUUGAGCAGCGGAACAUACGACGUGUGCUUCUCGUCGGGUGGCAGCGGAGCAUCGACGAUGGUGAAGCAGACGACGGCCGGCAGCGUGGUGGUGAUCGAGGCGACGACGACGACGGUGACGAGUGUGUCGCCGCGCGUGAUCGGUGUGGGGUCGGGCCAUCGUUUGUGCUGGCUGGGGCGGUGGGCUCGUCGUCGACGUACGUCGGGUUCUCGCUCGAUGGCAGCUGCUCUGGGCCGGUGUCUGUGACGCAGGUUGUGGCCGGUGGCGAAGGCGGGUGGGUCGCGAGCGCGCCCGGGACAAGCGGCAACUACAGCGUGUGCUACUCGGUGUCGGGAUCGGGCGGGCCGUUCCUCAAGCAGGAGCUUGUGUACGUGGAGGUGAUUGCGGCGAGCUCGUCGUCGGUGACCUCGAUGUGGCCACGCGUGAUCGGAUCCGGAGCGGCAAACACGUUUUACGUGAGCGGGGCGGUGGCGUCGCCAAUGACGGCUGUGGCGUUUGUGCCGAGCGGAGCAGACUGCAACAACGACGGGCUCCGGAGUGGAGUGAUGCGACUGACGUCGACGACGAUGGGGGUCUCGCCGACGUUCCCGAUCGAGGACGGCGGGAGCGUGAACCAGGUGUGGGACACAUGCUACACGGUGACGUACGGUGAUGCGGGCGAGAACUGGGUGAAGCAGAGCCCGAGCGGAGUCGUGGACGUGACGGUUGUUGUUGCGGUGGCAGACGCGGUGGCAAGUGUGGCGCCGUCUGUGGUCGCUGUUGGACGGGCCGAGCCUGUGGUGUUCAGUGGACUGGAAGGAAGCGUGAACGUGCGGGUCGGGUUCGGGAUCGGCGGGUGCGCAGGCACGGUUGUGGGCGUGACCAACGUGGUGACGACGGGCGCAGCGACGAUGCUUGGAAGCGCGCUCCCGACUGCCGGCCUGUAUCGUGUGUGCGUGUCUGUGGACAACGGCGGGCGGUACGUGGCGCAGACGUCGACGGUGACAAUGGAAGCGGUGCGUGCGAGCAGCGGGCUGAUCUCUGCGAUCUCGCCGAAUGUGGUGGGGACAGGCUCGAUGCCUGCGUUUGUCGUGAGCGGGACGUUCAAGCAGACGAGCUUCAGUCGGAUCGGGUUCUCACUGUCGAGUGACUGCAGCGGCACAGUGGCCGGCCAGCUCGACGUGUCGUUGGGAACGAGCACGCCGUACACAUGGGCGAGCGGGCUCGUCGUGAGCGAAGCGCAGACGUUCACGGUGUGUUUUACGGCCGACGGAACGAACUGGGUGGCGCAGAGCGAGCCGGUGCUCAACGUGGCGGUGGCACGGGCCAACUCGAUCACGUCGUUCUUGCCAGCGGUGCUCGGGGCCGGGGCAGGCGGUGCAAACGUGGUGGCUGACGUGGUCGGGCCGCUUGGGUCUGCGACUGCGUUCAUCGGGUUUGACAGCGUGGGCUCCGGAUGCACGGCGCCGGUUGCGGUGAGCGCGUACAACGUGAGCGGUGAGCUCGAUCUCGGGUCGUCGGGCGGGCUGAGUGCCGGGACGUACGCGCUGUGCUACACGGUAGAGUCGCCGUCGACCGGGUUUGUGGAACAGACGAGCGCCGGCAGCGUGCGCGUGGUCGAGGCGCAGGCGGCCGAUGUGGCCGAGGUCCUGCCGUCGUACAUGGUGACGAGCGUGGCCGAGGCGGCGAUUGGUGUGCGGCUCGGUGUGGCCAAGGAUGAUGUGCCUGUGGCGACGGCGAUGAUCGGGUUUGAUCCGACGGCGAACGGGUGCAGCGUGGCGGGUGUGCUCGAGGGCGUGACGGCGCUGCAGAGUCUGACAGAGGCGCCAGCGAGCAUCGCGGCGUACCAGGGCGGGUGGCUGUUUGGCACGCGGGCGGGGAGCACCGUGACGACGACGGGCAACGGGACGGUGUGCUACUCGGUGGACUCUGGAGAGACCUACGUGGCGACAGAGCUUAGAGUGGCGCUUGGCGAUGUGGCGCCUGCCUACGGGCUUGGUGCCGUUGUGCAGCCUGGAGUGCAGACGGGAGUGGCGUCACGGGUGAUUUUGCGCGGGCUGGCGGCGACGUCUGGGCCGACGACCAAGGUGGCGUUUGUUGCCAGUGGAUCGGCGUGCAGCGAUGGCGGGGCACGGGUGUCCGAGGUGGCGAUGACGGGCCAUGUGCUAUCGACGGUGGAGCCGUUGCUGCCUGCGGAUGGGAGGUACAGCGUGUGUGUGAAGGAGGCCGGCGGCGGGAGCAGCUGGACGAAGCAGGACGUUCCAGUGGAUGCCAUCGACUGCACGACCAAGACGUCGUGCGGCGAGUGCCGGGCGACGCCGCUGUGCGGAUGGUGCGUGGGCAAGUCGCAGUGCGUGCUCAACUCUGUGCUGCCAGACACGUGCGCUGUGAGCAGCGCCGUGUGCACGCCGUUCCUCGGAACGAGCUGUGCGCUGGAGAACUGCCCGCGUGUGACAGGGAUCUCGCCGGCGAUUGCAGUGUCUGAUGGCGGGACGCAGAUCCGGGUCUCGACAGAGCUUGCGGCAAACGUGGCAGACCUGGAGUGCCGGUUUGUGUACGACGGGACGAUUGUGGAGUCGUUCAGCGCAGCGUCUGUCGAGUCGAGCACAAGCGUGCUGUGCAGGGCGGCCGAGUCGCAGCUGGGCAUUCUUGGAGCAAGUGUGUCGUUGACGCAGAGCGUGGGGAGCGCCAAGCGUGUGGCGUAUGGAGCGAGCGGCGGAGCGUCACUGUCGUACUACGAGUGCGGGGCAGUGAGCGGAUGCGGCAACUGCUACGACGCGGCAGCCCGGCCGGAGUGUGGAUUCUGUCUUCUGGAGGGUGGAUGCAUGUCGCGGCAGGCAUGCCUGGAUGCGCUUGGAUACAACGCCAGCUCGUCUGUGGGGCUGAGCGUGGACGCGGUGUGGGUGCAUCCCACGAGUGAGUGGCCCGAUUGCCCUGUUGUGAGCUCUGUGGCGCCCGCGGUCGGGCCGACGACGGGCGGGGUGGAGCUGACGCUGACGGGGACGCUGUUUGUGGACGCAAACGGACGUCUUACAGGCGCGGGCACACGGUCGAGUGGCGAUGUUGGACUCGAGUACCAGUACCAGUGCGUGACGAACGACGUGGACAAGGCAACGAACGGAAGCGUGGUGUCGUCGACAGAAAUGGUGUGCGAGCUGCCCGAGUCUGUGAGCGAUGGCGAUGCGGCAUUGCGGGUGAUGCUGAAUGGGGCGGAGAUUGCUGUGGCGUCGACGUCGUUUGGGUACGUGCCGCCACCGGCGCCGAUUCCGCCACCGCCGUCCAAGACGACGCAGACGGUGCUGCUGUCACUGGGCGCGUUCCUGUUUGUGGCGAUUGUGGCGGUGGCGAUCAUUGCGGGCUUGUUGCUGAAGCGGAAGCGCGACAUGGAGAAGCUGACGCGGCCACCGGAGAUGUCGCCGAGCGAGAUCCAGAGCGUGGUGUUUGGGUCUGUGCUCCCGCUGGGCAUGGACGGCAAGUCGCUGCUGCCGCUGCUCUCGCGGUUUGUGCACGAGAUUGUGUUUGACUACGAGAUGAUUGCGCUCCUGGCCGAGGUGACGCCAUCGACCGAAGUGGACCGGGUGGCCAAGGCGGCGAUCAUUGUGUACGAGCACGCCGGGCUGGCACUCGAUUUGCUGCUGUACCAGGUCUCCCGCGAGGUGACGACGACGCUGACGCUGCAGACGCUGUUCCGGACCAACUCGAUGGCGACCAAGAUGUUCAAGCUAUACUCGAAGCUCAAGGGGUUCGAGUAUGUGCGGAGCACCCUGGGGCGGCCGAUCAACAAGCUGAUGCUCGAGGACGAUGUGGACGUGGACGGCCUGAGGGCGGGCAAGGGCGGCGGAGCGCAGUUCCAGCUGCUCAAGCUGACGCAGACGCUGUUCAACGCGGUGCGCGGGUCGAUUCCUGCUGUACCGACCGAGUUCCGGUACCUGUUCCGUGCAGUGCAGGGCGCGAUCCAGGAGCGGUUCCCUGUGCGGGCGGAUGAGCUUGCACCGCUGAUGGCGGAGGCGCUGCGCGAGGGGCUGGAGGAGACGUCGACGCUAUACGCACACGGGGCGGAGGCAUUUGUGCAGAUUGCCGGUGUGUCGGACCAGGUGACAAACAACACGGCCGAGCUGGCGCAGGUGAUUGCGCCGAUGGCGGAGAACCUGGCCGAGUACGAGGAGAGCGUGGAGGAGCUUGCGACGCGGCUGCAGCAGAUGUCUGAGCUUGUGGAGAAGCUGUCGGGAGCGACGGAUCCGGAGUCGCCGGCAGCACGACGGCUGCUGCUGGACCUGCAGGCGUCGCACAACUCUGUGGGAGUUGGCGGGUUCUUCUUCCUGCGGUUCCUUGUGCCUGCAAUCACGGCGCCCGAGGCAUACGGACUGGUGCACGAUCCGCCGGAUGUGGGCCAGCGCAAGCUUCUUGUGCUCCUGGGCAAGGCGAUCCAGAACCUGUCGAACCAGAAGGAGUUUGGCGGGAAGGAGAAGCACAUGGUGCAGAUGAACUCGUUCAUCACGUCGAACGCAGAGACGAUUGCCAAGCUCCUGGACGAUCUGGCGCAUGUGCCGAUCAACGCGCCGGGACGCGACGAGCUGGAGGCGUCUGUUGUGCCGACGAAGCACCUGGAGGGAGCACUUGUGUUCCUGUACAAGCACGCAGUGUCGAUGCGAGGCAAGAUGCUGGCCAAGCUGCAGGAGAUCCAGAUCGGGUCUGUGGAGCUGUCGGCCGAGGCUGUGGUGCAGCGUGAGCGUGCGGCCGAGUUGCUCGGUGUGGUGCUCGACGAGAUCGAGGCGGCCAAGUCAUCGGGCGCGUCAGGCUCACGGCUGGACUACAACCGGCUUCGCGGGCUGCCGUUCAUUACGAGCAUGGGCAAGGUUGGUGACAGUCUUGCUGGCAACCCGCAAGGGUGAGCUUGAGGUGGACGCGCUUUUACAACAUAAUCGUGGAUGCCAAGAUUGGUAAAUGCUGACAAAGCUGAA